AACGAAAAACCAAACGUGCAGAAUGUUUGCCAAUGAAUCACUUGCUUAUUUAAACUCAAGUCAACGAGGCUUGACUUGAGAUUUGAGAAUGUCAUCCAGCUAAGGUUCUGUCUCGAGCCUUACGGCAGUCUUCUUCACUUCAAUCAUUUCUCCUCAGCUUUCUCGAUUCUUCUUCUUCCUUUCUCUUCUAUCUUCCUUUCAGGCUUGUUUCUUCAUAGCCAAGUGCCAACGGCUAUCUCUGAAACAUUUAUAACAGAGCCAUCAGGCUCAGUUUGGCAUCAAAACAGAAGAAGGAAGGGCUUUGAGACUUGAGAUACUUCUCCGUCCAUGUCGACUCUCCCGCUGGAGCUAAUCAUCGAAAUACUGCUCCGAUUACCCGUCAAGCCUCUGCUAUGUUUUCAGUGCGUUUCGAAGCCAUGGUACGCGCUAAUCAACGACCCAAAUUUCAUCAAAAUGCAGCUCAAGACCUCCGUAGCGGCCAACAGAGAACAAACGAUCAUUUUCCUGGAGAACAAACUACAACCGCCGCAGGAUUGCUUCUUGGUGCGCUUUAACGAUGACAACCAGUUCGACAGAGCCCUUAAGAUCCGCCAGCCUCUGAGCGAUCUCAAUCAGUACACCCAAAUGUUGCCGUACUGCAACGGACUAGUUUGCAUCCACAACACUAGAAACGAAAUUGGGAUUUGGAACCCAUUAAUCAGACGGUACAAGGAGUUGCCGAUUGAACCGAUAGAAAAACUUUAUGGUUUCCACGACUGUGACGGGUAUGCGCUUUUUGCCUUCAGGCACAAUCCAAUUAACGUCGACUAGAAGGUUAUGAGGAUUGUGAAGUUCCUUAGAUAUAUUGAGGGUGCGAUUCGAAGGGCCUGUGAACUCAAGAUAUAUAGUCUGAGAGUGCAUUCUUGGAAGAGGGUUGAAAUGGAAUGGCCUAAAGCAUUAAUUACUAGUUUGACUCCAAGCACGGCGUUCUUAAACGGUGCUUUCCAUUGGUUGGCUAGGAGACCGUU